AUGUUGAAUGUUUAAUAUGAGAGUGAUGACGACUCAUCCGCCAAUUUAGAGAACCCCAACAUUUUUAUAAGCUAAGCAUUAAGCUCAAAUGGGGAGGAAAAACAUCAAAGCAGUGAUAGAAUUGAUCUAUCCUCGAAUAUCAAGCCAAACAUUAUUAAAAAUGAGAGCUCUUCAUUUGGGUAUGCAUCAGAGGAUGAUCAAGGGGAAAACAAGAAAAUGAAUAAUAAUAAUUCACAUGCUACAUCCAAAUCUGAGCAAUCCUCUAACUCCAUAAUUUAAGUUGAGAUUGAGUAAUAGCAACCAGCUGAGCUUGAGGAAAUUGUAAAGAUGUUUGCACAUGAUUUACAAUAAUCAAUCCGACAAAGAUUCAAAAAUAAAUCUUAUAGCCAUAAAAUUACUACUAAUAAAAAACUACCCUUCGAGAUUUAAGCCAAAAUGGGAUAGGCAAAUAAUCUUUACGCUUUCAAUAAGUUCAAGGAGGCAAUCGAAAUACUAGAAGAAAUUAUUACUAAGAUGCCAGACCAUGCUGAGUCUUACUCCACGAUUUCUAGUAUUUAUGAGGAGAUGGGCGAUUAUGAGAAGAGUUUGAACUUUGGAGUUAUGGCUGCUUUCCUCCUCAAGACUGACGUCGAAAGAUGGUAGAAGUGCGCUAAUAUUGCUAAAUUUCUGAGGAAACUUCCAAUAGCCAUCUAUUGCAUGAAUAGAGCUAUCAAACAAACAUCUCAAACAACAGAUAUUGAUGAGAUAAUAAAAAUGAAAUUCGAGAAAAUAAGCAUCUACAAAAUGCAAAAUGACUACAGCUCUGCUGUUAGAACCUUAUAAAAGAUGAUUAAGAAAUUCAUCACGGAUUAUAGAAGAUCCUAUAUACUGAAUAAAGCUCUAGCUUAAACCUUCUUUGAGCAAGGCUAACAGUCAAAAAGUUUUGAAGUUUUGGACUAGAUGGUUGAGCUAAAUAAAAAUGACAACAAUCAUCUUCUUGAAAUCCUACUUCUAUAUGGUGACAUUGCAAGGCAAACAAAUUAAUUAGAGGAAUUCAUGAAACAAAUGAAAAGAUAAACAAUCAAGGAGACUCUUGAAAAUCUUAAGAAGUAAAGUGAAUAUAAGAUCAAAGUUUUCUAAAUUUAAGUAAGAAAAUUUAUGUGUCUCAUUGAGGAAGGAUCCUCGAGCACUUAAAUUGAUGACUUCAUUAAAAGUAUUUCAGAAUUCCAAAGGCUAAACAUCACGGAUAAACUAGAUCAAUACCAAAAAGUAGUUAGCUCUAUACUUAUGCUAGCUGAUUGCAUUGAGAAUAAAGCUAAUGAUGUCACAAGUACCAUAAGAAUAUAUGAAAGUCUUUUAAAUUUCAGUCUCUAAAUCGACCAACCUAACAUACUUUACAAAUUAGGAACUUUGUAUUAAAAAGUAAUUCAUUCAUUUAAUGAUUACAAUGUUUAGUUUGAUGAUUACAAUCUUGCAAAAGAAGCCCUAGAAUAAGCAUUCAUUAAAUGCCCUAUCGUAUAAAAUGGACAAAUAAGAAUAGAAUUAAGUAGUGUUUACAACCAUCUCGGUAUGAAUAAAAAAGCUCUGGAGAUUCUAUAGAAUCCAUUCCCAACGUAAUAAGCUGAAUAAACUGAGUCGAUACUUUAGAAGAGAACCCACAAAGAAAGAAAAAUGGAUGAUGAAGAUAUUAUAUUCUCAGAUGAGUCAGAAAAUGAAGGAUUUGAUAAGGGAAAUGACACCUUAGAAUAAAUGAUUGGAAAAAGUAAGCUACCUUGGAGGAAAUUUAUAGUGAAUGGCCAGAUGAAUUUAACUGGUAGUGAGAAUUCAAGCGACUGCUAAACUGACAGCAUGAUGCAAACUCUUAAUGGAAUGAGUAGUAUGCAAGGGACUCAUUCUCUUUUUGAACCAUUCAAAAAACCAUAAUUUGAUGACAAAGAAUUCCUUCUCAAGAGAAAUAGAAGAAUCUAAAAAAGAGCUAUUAUAAAGAAGGAUAUUGAAAAAGAAACUUAAUCCGAGAUGAAGCAAAAAAUGAGCAAAUUAAAAAUGGACUUAAUGUAAUUUUAAGCAAGUAAAUAUAUCCUUAUCCUUGAGCAGUGUAAACUUCACAUUAAACUCAACGAGAUAGAUUAAUUAAGCCUCACUCUAAAUGGAGAAAUCUAGAAGAUACUUGAUAAUAUGAUUCUCAGAUAAGAAUUAUAAGAUUUAAGUUAUAAGUAAAAUGUAAAAGGGGACACUCCUUAGAAAGAAGCUUUCUUUAUCAGAAAAUUAACCAACAGUGAUUCUGAGAGAGAAAUUGGAAGAAUAGUACAUAGCGCUAAGUUCAAAUUUAUAGAGGAAAUUGAUUAAUAUCCAACUGUUUUGACUUAGAUAAAGCCAGAAGAAUUGGUUGACAUUUUGUUUAAUUAUUUAAAGAGUUUGAUUCAAAGUGAAAAAUAUCAAUUAGCCAGUGAAAUUAUAGACUUGCUUAAUUAAGUCGAGCUCUUAAAAUAAAUCAUUAGUACAAACGAGAACUUGAAUAAGAUUUUCUACGAAAUCUCAACUAUUGCUUAUUUCCUUUCAGAUUAAAAUAAAAAAGCAUAUAAAGCUUUAAGAUAAAUCUCAAACUAGCAAGAUAUCCUAAAUUGGGCAAUGAUGGGGUCUAUUAUUUCUAAAAACGAUGAUUCUAGCUUUUGUAGAUCAUAUUUUAAGAGAAUUCUACAAUCUAAGCAGAUAUUUAACCCAUUUAUUUUGAUGAUUCUUGGAAAUAACUAUUUGUAAAAAUAACAAAUUGAACUUGCAUUGAGACAUUACUGGCUUUUGAACAAGGCUUAUCACAAUAAGAAUUCUCUCCUAAAUUUAAUUAUAGCCAUUACCUAUCUAUCAUAAUCUUAUCAAAGAACUAAUGAGGAUAAAGAGAAAUCAGUUAAGAGGGCACUUGCAUUUUUAAUGAGAUACAGUGAGACAAGAGAAGAUAAGAUCGAAGUUUAAUAUAAUGUGGCAAGGGCUUUACAAUUUAUGGGGCUUAACAUUAAUGCAAAAGAAAUUUAUGAGAGCAUAAUUGCAUUAAACAAAGAAUAACUUAAUGAUAAUCAAAAGCAAAUUUACACAAUGGCUGUGUUUAAUCUUUGCCAAAUGAUUAAGGGUGCAGGAAUCAAUUCAGGAAUCACUCUCUUAGAGGGCUGUCAGAUAGAAAGAAUUAAAAAUAAUGACUUAUAGAGGGCACAUGACCUAAUUAUGACUAAUAUUAUUAUAUGA